UCUGAGUACAAUCAGAAGGCAAGGAUCAGUCCAAAGUUCAUUUGCUGUGAAAUACCAACAUAGAGAGACACAGCAGAGAUUUGAGACAGGGGAACAGGACAAGAAGAUCUGAGGAUUAUGUGUUGGUGACAAAGACCGUAAAGGCAGAUUGGCAAAGACAGGAGAUAAAAUACAAGGUGCGUAGAAGGAUCCAGCUGGGACAUCUGCUUGAGCCUACGGCAGUUCUGAUUCUGAGACAAUGGACAUCCUUGAGACAGCUGCCUAUGACAGAAGGCAGAGGAGAAACAUGUCCUGUGCUCUCCUUUUUUCUCUCUCGCCUUUCUUUUUAUCCACAGCUGUGUACUUCUACCUGUGGACGCCUGACUCACCCGCUUCCAUCAUAUCUGCGGGUAUCAAAUCAGCACCAACACUCCUAUUGGCUGCAGCAGUGCUGAGCUGGAAUGGAGGGCAGAGUGUCUUGGGUGUGGCAGGAGGACUCCUCUUCUCUGCUGUUGGUGACUGCUGUCUGGUAUGGCCUGAGCUUUUUCUGCAUGGAAUGGGUGCAUUUGCUGUGGCUCAUUUGCUGUACUCACUCACCUUCCUCUCCAGUCGCUAUGUGGCACAUUCCUCUUCCUCGUCCUCCUGGAUCCGUUUUCUAUAUCUGAUCCUGUUCAUGGUGGGAGGAGGUUUCUACAUCUACAUUUAUCCAUUUCUGCAGAAGGCACCAAACUCAGACAUACUGCUUCCAGCUGUGGGGGUCUACGUUGUUUUAAUUUCUGUAAUGGGGGCAUUAGCCAUCAGAACCUGCCAUGCGGCAACACUGUUGGGAAGUUUGUCUUUCCUGGUGUCUGACCUGUCAUUGGCUCUGCAGGUUUUCAAGGUGACAGAUCCAAUUGAGCAUGGUAAUGCUAUUGUCAUGGUGACAUAUUAUUUGGCACAGCUACUAAUAGCUGUGGGUGAUGUAAAGGCAGUGGAGAAGGAUGACUUUGCAAAAUGGAAGAGGUCCUAAUCAGCAUCUCUGUGGAUAAGUCUGAAGUACCUCCAUCACCCUAAAACUACCUAUUAAUACUUUCGUAGGUCUUUGAGUUUUUUUUAUGUGAACCAAUCAAAGAAGGACAAAGAGGAAAAUAGGACAGUUCUUCUACUGGUCAGCACUUGACAGCUACAAGAGAUAAAAAGAGCAUUUUUCAAUGUCAAGAUAUUUUACUAUGUGUUUCCAGUUUGCAUUUGAAAUAUCAUACAAAUAGUCAUAACAUGUUAAAAUACCAUGGUAACAAAACUUAAAGAAAC